AUGAAAUUUCCAAUCGAGACUCCAAGAAAACAGGUGAACUGGGAUCCUCAAGUGGCUGUUCCCUCACCGGUGCCAGCUUGUGAACCCGAGCCCAAAACUAACGGGCAUUACCCAGCUCCACGACUCUCCGUUUCCUCCCGAGCCACUGUCGUUGCUACCAUGGAAGCCCCUUCUCAAGGCCUGCAGACAGUCAUGAAGUGGAAAACAGUGGUGGCCAUCUUUGUCGUGGUGGUAGUUUAUCUGGUGACAGGAGGACUCGUCUUCCGUGCCCUGGAGCAGCCCUUUGAAAGCAGGCAGAAGAACACAAUCGCACUAGAGAAGGCUGACUUUCUUCGGGAGCAUGUUUGUGUAACCCAGCUGGAGCUGGAGACACUGAUUCAGCAUGCUAUUGAUGCUGAUAAUGCAGGAGUCAGUCCCAUAGGAAAUUCCUCUAGCAACAGCAGUCAUUGGGACCUUGGAAGUGCCUUUUUCUUUGCUGGAACAGUCAUCACAACAAUAGGGUAUGGGAACAUUGCCCCAAGCACUGUUGGAGGCAAGGUUUUCUGCAUCUUGUAUGCCAUCUUUGGGAUUCCACUGUUUGGCUUCUUGCUGGCUGGGAUUGGAGACCAACUUGGAACCAUCUUUGGGAAAGGUAUCGCAAGGGUGGAAAAAGUUUUCAGAAAAAAGCAAGUGAGUCAAACAAAGAUCCGGGUGAUCUCUACCAUCCUCUUCAUCCUGGCAGGCUGCAUUGUCUUUGUGACCAUUCCUGCAGUUAUCUUCAAACACAUCGAGGGAUGGACAGCCUUGGAGUCCAUCUACUUUGUGGUUGUCACUCUGACUACUGUUGGCUUUGGUGACUUUGUAGCAGGAGGAAAUGCUGACAUCCAUUACCGGGAGUGGUAUAAACCCUUAGUGUGGUUCUGGAUCCUUGUUGGCCUUGCCUAUUUUGCUGCUGUCCUGAGUAUGAUUGGAGACUGGUUAAGAGUCCUGUCCAAGAAGACAAAAGAAGAGGUUGGAGAAAUAAAAGCCCACGCAGCAGAGUGGAAAGCGAACGUGACGGCUGAGUUCAGAGAGACACGGAGGCGGCUCAGCGUGGAGAUCCAUGACAAACUUCAGCGGGCAGCCACCAUCCGGAGCAUGGAGCGCAGGCGCCUGGGCCUGGAUCAGCGAGCCCACUCCUUAGACAUGCUCUCUCCAGAGAAGCGCUCUGUCUUUACUGCCUUGGAAACAGGACGCUUCAAGGCUUCAUCUCAGGAAAGCAUCAACAACAGGCCUAACAACCUGCGCCUUAAAGGGUCAGAUCAGCUCAACAAGCAUGGGCAGGGGGCAUCCGAGGACAACAUCAUUAACAAGUUUGGAUCGUCUGCUAAGAUGACCAAAAGGAAAAACAAAGACCUCAAAAAGACCAUCCCUGAGGAUGUGCGUAAAAUUUACGAGACCUUCCGAAACUACUCCUUGGAUGAAGAAAAAAAGGAAGAGGAGACAGAGAAGAUGUGUAAUUCUGAGAACUCUUCUAGCACUGCGGUCCUGACCAACUGCAUCCAGCAGCACUCAGACCUGGAGAAUGGAGUGAUCCCCAAUGAAACCAAAGAAAGGGAACAUGAAAACAAAGCGUUACUUGAAGACAGAAAUUAA